UGUCGCCCAACAUGGCUGCGCCCUGCUCGGAUCAACAGGUCUGAAGGUGUUCAUCAUGUCCAGGGAGCAGGUGAGUGUCAGUGAGCUCCUGCUCUCAUUGGACAGUUCAGAGCUGCAGGAGGCGGAGCAAGUCAGAGCGGUGGUCAACCAGCAGCUGAAUACAGACCGAGGAGGAGCUGUCCUCUCGUCUCUGGUGGAGUAUUACCUGGACUCCUCCUCCUCCCAGGCGGUGCUCCUCCUGUCCUCCAUCCGAGAGCCUCAUCACAAGCCCCUGUUGGAGAAGCUCAAUGAGUCUCUGAGCAGACCUGGAACCAGACUGGCUGGUCUGACCCUGCUGGGUCACCUGAUCAGGAAGCAGCCUCCCUGGGUUCAUCACAUCAGCCGCUCCGCUCUGCUGCCCGCGCUGCUGCGCUGCCUCAAGACGGACGCUGACGUCGUGGUCCUGAUCACCGGAGUCCUGGUCCUCAUCACGCUGUUACCCAUGAUCCCUCAGGCCGGGAAACAACACAUCUACGACUUCUUCGACGUGUUCGGACGCCUCGCCGCCUGGAGCUACAAGAACCCUGGUCAUGUCCCUGCAGUCCACCUGGUCCACCUCCAUGCAGGUGUGUACUCUCUGUUCCACCGCCUCUAUGGGAUGUUCCCCUGUAACUUCAUCUCCUACCUGAGGCUGCACUACAGCAUGAAAGAGAACCUGGACACCUUCCAGGAGGUCGUGAAGCCAAUGUUGGAACAUGUCAGGGUUCACCCAGAGCUGGUCACAGGGACUCAGGACUCUGAAGUGGACCCGACCAGGUGGAGGUGUUACGAAGUCCAUGACAUUGUGAUCGAGUGCUCCAGAGUGUCUCUGGAUCCUCUGGAGUCCUCCUGUGAGGAGGAGAUUUACUCCUCCCUAAGAGACCCUCCCCCAUCACCCUCCUCCUCACCCAGACCUCCCCCGCUGACCUCCCCCCUGCCUCACCUGAGCGUCACCUCAGAGUCCGUCAGCAGCUCAGGAAGUUCAGUCUGUCCUCUGCUCUCUGGACACCUGACGCUCAACACUUCCUACAUACAGGCUGAUGAUCUCACUUGGAGCCCCUCCUCACGGUGUGGUUUGUCGACGCCCCCCCCUGAACCUGCUGCUGCAGGCUCCGCCCACCCGCUGAGCAGGACCGCCUCCAUCUCAGGUGUGAAAUGUCCCUCACCAGCCGCCGUCCCAGUGACACCCCUGACUGAAGAGAACAGUGAUGGCAGUCUGACUGCUGACAACAACAACCAGGUGAAGCCGGUCACAGAGCCGGAGGGGUCAUCCUUUCAGCCAAUCACAGAGAAGGAGGGAAGAGGCCAGAGUGAUGUUAUCAACAACAACGAUGAUGAAGAGGUCAGAUCCCAGCAGCCCUCCUCCUCCUCCUCCUCCUCUCAGCCCAUCCUCCUCACCUCCACCCCCAGCCGUGACGAGGCCUUGUCAGGUUCAGCCCUCUGCCCUCCUCCCCCCAUGUCACUGUGCCUCACCCCCCCUCAUCCCUCCACCCUGUUUGGCCCUGCCCACAUAGACCAGAGCCCCGCCCCUCCAUAUGAACCCCUGUUUGAACUUGCUCUGCCGCGAGCUGCCAAGCUCUUCAUCGGGAAGAAGACUCAGGAGGCGCUGGAGAGAGCAGCAGGGGAGCAGAAGGAGGACAGAGGGGGAGGACAGGGGGAGGACGGGGAGGAGGAGGAGACCUGCGUCUCUCCUCUGGAGGUUUUGGACCGGCUGAUCGUCCACGGUCAUGAUGCCCACGAAGGCCUCAGCAGGAGGUUGUCAGCAGUGAAUAAGUCGGUGGAUCGAAGUCAUUUUGGAGGUAAACAGCAGAGCAUGAAAACCAAAGGCCCAGCCCAGGGGGAGGAGCUUCAGUCUUUGAGGAGUCAGUUGUUGCUGGUCCACAGUCAGCUGCAGUACGAACGUUUCAAACGUCAACAACACGCCAUCAGAAACCGCCGUCUGCUGCGGAGAGUCAUCAACGCCACCGCGCUGGAGGAGCACAGCGUCGCCAUGAAGGGUCAGCUGAGCGUUCAGGAUGAAGAGAUUCGAUCUCUGAAGUCGAGUCUGGAGGAAGAACAGAGACGAUACACACAACUGCAGCAGGACACACACACACACACCAAGCAGCUGCACACACACAUCCAACAACUGCUGCUGCAGCAACAAGACGGGCAGAGAGGCAACGAGAGGCUGCAGAGUGAGCUUCAGGAGUGUCAGAGCAGGUUGAGGGAACUGGAGGCGGAGCUUCAGAAAGCCAAUAACAAGGCUUACAAUGCAGAACACCAGCUGACCCAGCUGUCACUCAAGCUGUGCAGCAGUGAGCAGCUGCAGCAGCAGAUCUUCCUGCUGAACCAGCAGCUCGUCCUGCUGAGAGAAACCAACAGAGGCCUGAACGAACAGCUGGAGGGGGGAGAGACACACCACAGCACUGAGGCGUCCAUGCUGCAGUGCAGCGUGGGUAAGGAGUACCAGCGGCUGAAGGACAGCGAUGUCCAGCACAGACAGAAGCUGGAAGCGGCCAAUCACAGGAUAACGGAGCUGGAGAACCAGCUGGCCAAGAGAGACCAGCUGAUCCUGGAUCAGAAGAAACUUCUGGAGGACACAAAGGCUCAGAGCAGAGCUGAGCUGUCGGCCUGUGAGAGUCGCUGCGUCGCUCUGAGGAGACUCACCCAAACCCUGCAGUCGGAGAUGCUUCACCUGUACAGCCAGAUCCACCUGGACACACACAGCCAGAGCCGGCCCCAGGACGUCCGCGGCAGGCCCAACGGCAGCAGUGCCGCUUUACCAGCUCCUCAGGGCGCCCACAUGCCCCACCCCUCCUCUUCUUGUGUUGGUAUAAUAAAUGGAGGCGUGGAGGCCCUCUCCACCUCCCCCCUGUACCUCCCCUCUUGUUCCUCCUCUCCCCUUUCCCUUUCCCCCAUCGACUCCCCCCUGGCCAUUGGCUCCUUCCUGGAGCAGCAUGCACGGCAGCUGUUCGGACCGACCGAUCGCAGCCAGGAGGAGGAGGAACAACAGCAAGGGGAGGAGCAGGAGGAGGAGAAAGAUGAGGAGGACGAGGAGGCCCAGCUGGAGUGUCCUCCUCUGGGUCAGGAGGCAGAGGAGGCCACCCUCCUCACGGGGAGUCCUCCGACUGACCCCCCAAACCAGGCUUCAGCUCCCAGCCUCCCUGCCUCUGGAGCUCCAGCGCCCCCUGCAGACCUGACCCUCGCUGUCCGCCAGAGGAGACACGAACUGAGCAUCAUGGACUACAAUGAGACACUGCCGGAGUACUGAUGAAGGGCUGGAGAAAGAGCUGGAGUCCAGUGGAGGUGGAGUCCAGGUGUUAGCAGGUUACUGAGGACUGGCUAACCACGGGUCCGCAAUGACCAUUUAAUCUUUCUCUGAACACGUCAGGACUUUCAGUCGUCCUUCAUAAGAAAAGUAAAAAACUGUGUUAAUACGCAGCAUCACCGUCAUGAAACUGAGUUUACUCUGCUCACAACUACAAAAAACCAAACCACACUGAAAUUCAUUCGUCCUUCUGGAAGCUUUGUGAUGGUGAGCUUACCGCUAACAUCUGUGCAGAAACAUGCUAUGUGCUUUAUUUUAGAGAUGUUCAGCAGAGCAAGAUGAUGUCAUAUUAGACACGAUUCAUUCCUCCAAUCGGAACAGAGCAAACUUUCAAGAACGAUAACCUUGUCAACAACUGUGGCAAGAUAAGCUAAGCUAAUGAGUAAUUUUCAGCCAAGCGUGUUUGGCUGUGUUUUACUUGAUUCUCCACAUUCAGAGGUUGCUAAUGAGCUAAUGUUUGUUUACGAGCAAGGUAAUGUAAGUUAAACAAAAAAGAAAAAUAUCAACAUUAUUUUAACUAGUUUGACAAAAACUAGCUAGUAUUACUAGCUUAAUGUUACUGGUGUUAGCUAACAUUUCAUUUUGAUUGACAAAACAGAGGAAACCUGUUUUCUUGUUUCCAACAUGCCAUCUUGUGCUGGUGAUGUCAUUUGGAGUCAGCUGCGGUAUCGAGGUCCCGCCCAUAAACCCACCUGACUUCAGUUGUGAGCACACACGAGCUGUCAAUCAUGACAUCACACCGUUUUUCUAUUAUCAAUUAACUAAAAUGAAACUUAACAGAAAAAUGAAAGCUCGAACAUACGUCAGCAUGAUCAGAGCUCCCCGAAAAGACAGAAACCAUCGUUAUUUAUUUGACACGUACUUCAACCCGCUAACAUGGAGGUUGCGGGGUUAUUGACCUGUACUGCACCCAGCCACCAGGGGGCGAUGGAGAUAUUUUGGCUUCAUGCCGUCAUGUUGUUCAUCUCUAUAUACGGUUAAUGGGGGGAAUUUGUAGUUGCCACAGUUUAUAAAGCCAAAAAUAAGGGAAGGAAAAUGAAGGGAAUUCAGCGGUUUAGUGUUGAUUAAUUUACAAAGAAGCUAAUCAGGCUACGUUAGCCGUAACUUGAAACUGCCUUACUGUUGCUCAGAAAUAUUUUUUUCUCACUAGCUAACCGUGUCGCUAAUCUUUCAAACACAUGAGAUGGUGCUACACCAGCCUCAAACACUAAAUGAGCUCAGGAAAUGAGUCAGUUGUUUAGUAAACAUCCUGUUAUGCUGAUUUCCAGUGAUUUUUUUUUUUUUUACCACUGGGGGCAGCAGAACAAGCUGCACAACACCAUAUCUGACACAUUGUCAUCUUACAAAGCAGUUGUGGUGAAAAUGCUAGCAAACAGCUGCUUACCCCCACAUCCAGCAGACUCAGAGCAACAUCAUGAUCACAUUGACAACAUCAGUUCUUGGUUGUUCCUCAGGGCUCUAUCAUUGCUCCUCUAUAUUUCCGGUUUACACGCUGACAUGCCAAAUUAUUUGUCCAUGAACCAUCAGGCGUCUCCUGUUCAGACAGCGAUUACUGAAGCUUGAACGUGUCACGCAGUCAUUCAGGCCCCACAAAUCUCCAUCCUGACACACUUUGUGAAGUUUUUCAGAUGAUUGGUUGACACCGGGUUUGGUGUGCUCCUUGAAGGCGAUGAUAAUUUGGGAAAACGUGUUUUUCUCCUCUUAUCUUCUGGCAUAGAGCUUCAGCAGAGGGAUGUUUUUUUGUUUCUAAACGGUUCAGGAGGCUUCCGACUCAUUCAGCGACUAAACUAUCAAAGUGCAGAAUCAGCUGGUCUGUGGCUGCAGUCAUCAGCCUUUGAAUGAUCAGCGUGCGGGUAAACUGACAGAAAUGUUCCUUGAUUUGGCAAAACAAAUAUCUCCUCAGGUUCCCAGCUCAGGAUCCAAGGGUCAGAGUUUCAUGUCUGCAUGUCCAGAAGCUCUGCAGAAGCUCCUCGUCAGCUUUUUGAGAAAUACUGUUAGACUGCUGUUUCUCAUUCUGACCUCAUCUCCGGACGAGAGACAGGCUGAUCUUUAUCUGAACGCCUCACUCAGGAAAAAAGAGACUAUUUGAAACUAUUGUGUCAAACUGUACCUCAAAGCCAAAAACUGAGGAGGAUCAGUUUCAGUUCAGGAUAUCCUGUAAAUCACAGUUUAAAGUAACGACAGACUGACCAAAGACUUCCUCUUGUCCUCUAUAGGACUGAAUCCAGCUGAUUGAAGCUGAACCUGAUCUGAAAUGAUCUCUAGUCGUUGCCCUGAGUAUCACAAACCUGAAGAGACGAAUGUUAAACUGUGAACACUAGAAAUAAAGA